AUGACGCCAGGCCGUUUGACGAGCGCAUUACGUGGGGCUGUCAGAGCAGCACAGCAGCCGCGUUAUGUAAUGCAUCGGGUGUUGCUGCACGGAUCUCAAGAUCUGGAGGAAAACUGACGGAUGGCUGAUUUGGUAACAAAUAACCGCGUGCCGGCGUUUGACUGAGCUUACAACUACAAUGCUAACUGUAAACUGUAGGAGUGCAGUGUGAUAGAGCCUGAUUGGGACAUCGGUGCCCAUCCCUGAGGUGCACAGACGUCUGGAGCCUGCGGAAGCUGCACAUCUUUUUUUUUUUUUAGCCGGCCGCUGGCGCGUCUGUGUUCAACGUGUUCUCUUAUCUCAGUGGAAAUAAACUAAUGCGGGUUUGGCUGAGGGAAGAAACAACAUCGUCUUUUGUUCUUUAUUGCGUUGGUUUGAGCCAACAGCCGCUGAGCUGUGGUAUAAACAAUGGCGGGUCCCGAGCAGUCCCAGCAGCAGCAGCAGCAGCAGGUAGAGGAGAAGGCAGAGCACAUAGAUGAUGCUGAGAUGGCUCUGCAAGGCAUUAACAUGCUGCUCAACAACGGCUUCAAGGAAAGCGACGAGCUGUUCAGGAGAUACAGGGGCCAGAGCCCAUUGAUGAGCUUUGGGGCCAGUUUUGUCAGCUUUCUGAAUGCCAUGAUGACAUUUGAGGAGGAGAAGAUGCAGACUGCCUGUGAUGAUCUGAGGACCACUGAGAAACUGUGUGAGAGCGACAGCGCUGGAGUCAUAGAGACAAUCAGGAACAAGAUUAAAAAGAGUAUGGACUCUCAACGGUCCGGCGUUGUUGUCGUGGACCGCCUGCAGAGACAGAUAAUCGUCGCCGACUGCCAAGUAUACCUUGCUGUGCUCUCUUUUGUCAAACAGGAACUCUCAGCGUAUAUCAAAGGAGGCUGGAUUCUCCGUAAGGCUUGGAAAAUGUACAAUAAGUGCCACAGCGACAUCAGCCAGCUGCAGGACGCCUAUCAGCGGAGGUCCUCUGGGAACCAGGACUCCCUCUCAGCAGACAACGCCAACCACAAUACACCCGUGGAGAAUGGUGUCACAGCCGAAGCCCUGGACCGCCUCAAGGGCUCAGUCAGCUUCGGUUACGGCCUCUUCCACCUGUGCAUCUCCAUGGUGCCGCCACACCUGCUCAAGAUUAUCAACCUGCUGGGUUUCCCUGGGGACCGACUCCAGGGCCUCUCCUCCCUUAUGUAUGCAAGCGAGAGCAAGGACAUGAAGGCCCCUCUAGCUACGUUGGCCCUCUUGUGGUACCACACCGUAGUGCUGCCUUUCUUUGCUCUGGAGGGCUCGGAUACGCAUGCAGGGCUGCUGGAAGCGAAAGCUAUUCUGCAGAGAAAGUCAGUGGUUUACCCCAACUCCUCUCUUUUCAUGUUCUUUAAAGGACGAGUCCAAAGGCUAGAGUGCCAUAUCAACAGUGCUUUGGCCUGUUUCCACGAUGCAUUAGAACUUGCAUCAGACCAAAGAGAGAUCCAGCAUGUGUGUCUCUAUGAGAUUGGCUGGUGUAGCAUGAUAGAGCUGAACUUUGAGGAUGCAUACAGGGCAUUUGAAAGACUGAAGAAUGAGUCUCGCUGGUCACAGUGCUACUAUGCGUAUUUGACCGGAGUGUGUCAGGGUGCUUCAGGAGACCUGGAUGGAGCAAGUGGAGUUUUCAAAGACGUGCAGAAGCUCUUCAAGAGAAAAAACAACCAGAUUGAGCAGUUUGCUGUGAAAAGGGCUGAGAGACUGAGAAAGAUGUCGCCCUCCAGAGAGCUAUGCAUUCUUGGCGUAAUCGAAGUUGUUUAUCUGUGGAAAGCACUGCAGAACUGCUCCUCAUCUAAACUGCAGAUAAUGAAUCAGGUAUUGCAGACUAUAGAUGACACUUCGUGCAGAGGCCUGAAACACCUCCUUCUCGGUGCCAUUCAUAAAUGUCAUGGAAAUAUGAGAGACGCUGUUCAGUCAUUCCAGCUGGCUGCUAGAGAUGAGUACGGACGACAGAUCAACUCAUACGUUCAGCCGUAUGCCGUCUAUGAGCUGGGAUGUGUACUCCUUGCAAAGCCAGAGACGGUGGGAAAAGGUAGAUCACUGCUACUUCAAGCAAAGGAGGAUUUUACAGGCUACGACUUUGAGAACCGGCUUCAUGUUCGCAUCCAUUCAGCCCUGGCCUCUUUGAAGGAAGUAGUGCCUGUGUGACUCCAGACAACUAUGAGCAUCAAUGGCUGAAUUUUUAAGCCAUUCAGAGUAACUGUUUGAUGUCUUAGUGAAGGAUUUGGGGAAAUACAUGUUUGUUACCCCACCCAGUCAGACUGACAACCAAGUGUCAUCAUAAAAAUAGCUAGUGUGGCUAUUACUAGCAGGCUUAAAACUAUGCCUAAAGUUUUCAAAGUUAUACUUUUAUAGAUGUAUAUUGUUAGCCAGCAAGUUAGCCACCAAAACCUAUGUUGUUGCUGCAUGGUGCAAGAAAUAUUAAAAACUUUAGGGCAGAUUAUUUUCAUUGUAUGAUGAGGUGAAUCAUAUACAUCAAGCUAAAAUCUAAAUAAGAAAUUCUGGGAGCUUUACGAAUGUGUUUCUUUUAGUUUACAUCCAGCUACGAUAGCUGUUUUCACCUCCAAGGCAUCCAUGUCCUGUUUCUGGAUAUGAUCCACGUAGAUGAAAAUAAAUGAGUCCUUAUCCCUGGGGAAAAAUAACAAACAAACUCAUUUCCUCCAAUCUUUAACUGUUCCUUUAAGUGUUUUUCUCAUGCAUAUGUGUAAGCUAGCUUGUAACAGUGUACCUCAUUAACUUGUGUAUUUGGAUGACUUUAAUGAAGCCUCUCCCUUCAGUGAGCAGUUUACUCAGCACACAACCUCUUAAUGAGAGUGGAAUUCCCUCAAUAAUAGUUUUAAAACGGAUAAGAUACAGUUAAUAUUGCUUUUACAUUUGUGCCAUCUCACUCCAACUAUAAAAAAGAAAAUGCUAAAUUAAAUUCAGUUGGGUUUUUUUUUACCACAUAACAUAUUGUGAACAGGAGUGAGUAAAAUGUAAUAUUUGAUAUAUUUAAUACAUUCUUAUACAGACAGAUGACAGAUUAAUGGAAAGAGAGCAGUGGUGUUUCUAUCGUGUCACCUUUCGGAAUUUUUUUUUAAAAUCAGCAGUUUUGAAUAAAAAAGCAACAAAGCUGAAUUUUAGUAACCGACGGUUCAGCACUAUGACAUCAGCAACGGCCUCUCUGCGGCUAUGUUCCUCGCAAGUGGGCCCUGAGGGGAUCCAAGAGUUCUGUUAUGCUGUGGAAAGUUAUUUUGAUGUCUUGGUUUUGAUUCACUUGUUCUCUUAGAGAUAUGAAUCACUGCAACUACUUCAAAAAACUGCUCAAAUAAACCCUAGAUUUUUGCAUUUCAGUACGGCUUUAUCCUAUAAUGGAACAGUUUAAUCCUUAAAGGCGAUUCCAGGGUGACAGUGCCUCCAUCUAUAAGACAUGAGGGUCACAGAGUUGAUCGAUAAGUACAAAUAUCAUGCGAAUCCCAUCGUAUGGCCUCAUUAAUUACUAAUAUUGGCUUUUCCUUUAAUUUGUCACCUGUCUGUAAAUUAUUAAAUAGCUUGCUAAUGUUUCAACUGUCACUUCAGUGUUAAAAUCGUGCUUUUGGUGACUAAAUUUUAGUAAUCUGCCUGUGGACUUUGAACAAAACGGACACUGAAACAAGUCAUACCGUGUCACACAGUUUCAUUACUAUUCACAGUGGAAAUAAACUAGCAAACUAACUUGGGAAUAGUUAAAUAACGUCACUGGUCACCUAAUCUUACAGCGGCUCAAGUAGCUGGAACUUUAACAAAUGAGACGACCACACUUCACAAUGCCCUCAUGGUGUUGCUAUGUGAAGACACUGGGCGUGGCUCCUGUGCACUAUGCAUGGCAUGGCAGGGUAACAGUGGCUUUAAGACUGUACUGAAGUCAAAUGUACCUGUGUGUCCAGUCCUGCAUAUAUAUAUAUAUGACGGUAUUAUAAUACAGUACCUUCAGUGCUGUCAUGUUACCUCUUGAAAGGUGCUGCUAAAUGUCAGCGUAAUAAACAUAUAUUACUAGUGACUUCUUUUGUUAGUGUUUUAGUGAUUGAAGCUUUUGAAUUAGUUCUUAAUAGUGGCAAGUUUAUAUAUUACAUAAGAGGAGGUGCACUUUUUACAAGCAGUAUUUAUGCUGUUUUUAGUUUGACUGCUGUGAUGGCUGGCGUUAGCAGCUGAAUUGACUCAGUAUGAUCUUGUAUUGGACAAAGAACAUUGGUGAGAGUGGUUUUGACAACCUUUUUAACCAGUUUAACACUGUACAUAUGAAAACUUCUGUGCAGAGAACUGCCUUUUAUGAACAAGCACUCCGAGGCUUUUGUUAUCCGAGCAAUACAAGCAAAUGAAGGGUAUCAUAUAGUCAUUUAAAAAGGCUUUCCACACUGACUCUGUGUUUUUCAUCACAUCACAUUGUAAAAUUAAAGGUUUAUUUUGCUGACAUACCUGGUAAGACAGUGCUAGUCAUCCCUUGUGGCUGUGAUGGAUAUAACAUGUGGUAAAUGUUGAGCAGUUGAAUGCACCCAGUACUUCUGUCACCGAAAGAUUUUCUUUUGUCACGAGAUUAUGUUGGAAUUAAAGUUACAAGUCAGGAUGAUGGUGUUCAAAUGUGUCACUGAACAAUAAACUGUUCUCCAUUAAUCCAGGUAAAC